CGCCGGGCCCGCGCCCUCCCCAGUACCUGCGGCCGCGCCCGGGCAGGUGCAGAGCCCACAGCAGUUGACCGCGCCCUCUCGGCGUGGCCGCAUGGCUCCACGGCGGGGCCGAGUUGGCAGGGAGCCACGCGGUGAUUGGACACCGCAGCAGAGAGGAGCCGGUGGCCCUAGGCAGUGGUGGCCAGCAUCCCGCCCGCGGGCGCAGGUGCACACCCAGACCUGGCCUGUCCCCGCCCGUGAUGCUGGCGGCCUGUGCGCGGUAGGACCACAGACCCACAUGAGCCCUCCUGUCUGGACAGAUGUCCCCGCCUGCUUCGUGCCAGAGCAUCCAUAGCU